GGCGGCGAGUGGUCACGCUGUUGGCCCACUGCUGCUGCUUCCCUCCAGCCUCCUCUCCCUCACGAUAACUCAAACUUGCUUCUUAACACUAAUCUCAUUUCUCUUCAUGAUUUUUCUCCAACUUCUGCUUCCUUAGAGCAGGAGAUGGAAUGACAGGCACAGUGUUUCUCUAUAAAAAACACAUAAUUCAUCAGUUCCUUGCACUGAGGCGCAGGUUCAACUCAGCCCCGACCCUCACGGUGGCCAUCGAGGUGCUGCCCUACCACAGACUGUCGUGGGUGGACGACGCAGACGCCCCUGGUGGUCGUCGUCUGGAGUUUAAGGGAUACGUGGACAACAUCGUGAGGCACUUCGCCAAGGCGCUCAACUUCACGCCGCUGUAUGCACUGUCACCCGAGAGAACCUUCGGCACCAGGCUGCCUGACGGGUCCUGGACGGGCCUGAUAGGCAUGGUGGUGCGCCAGGAGGCAGACUUCGCGCCGGGCCCCUUCAUCAUCAGUCCCGUGCGGAGAGAGGCGGUGGACCAUUCAACAAUACUGCGUAAUGGAAACCUGAGGAUACUGAGCGGCCUGUCAAGACUGACGAUUGACCCGUGGGGCUUCCUGCUGCCCCUCACGCCCCUGGUGUGGGCAGUCACCCUGGCGGCGCUGCUGGGGGUGCUCCUCGUCCUGCAACUGUUUCCAUCCUGCCUGCCCGGCAGGUCGCUCCUCCACGGCGGCUGGUCUGACAACACCUUCAGCCCUGUGCGCAUCCUCCUGCAGCAAGGUGAGGCCUCGGGGACCGUGCAGGGCCCCUCCUGCUGGAGGCUGCCUUGCGUCUUGCAGGUUUCCGUGCUCUCAGGGAGCAGCAGUCGUGCCAUAAUGAAGACUAACUCUGCCUCACUCACUCCCAACGCAGACGUGGUGAGGCCUGCGGAGUGGUGGUGGUGGGAGCGUCUGGUGCUGGGGCUGUGGAUGCUGACGACGCUGGUGCUGGCCAAGAGCUACUCCGGCAACCUCAUGUCCCUGCUGGCUGUCAAGUAUCUGCCGCAGCCCUUCCAGACCCUGAGGGACAUUCUGGAUCACCCGCACGUCGCCAUGAUAGGACAAAAACAUUCUAAUUUUGAGCAAAAUCUUAGGGACGUCAAGUCAGGCUUGUUCAAGGAAGUGGCAAGUCUAGAAGAUAAGGGUCGCCUGGAGUUCCACACGCAAUCACAGUACCUCAAGAGUCUGGACAACCUGGUGAGGCGAGGACACCACGUGCUUGUUGACGUGGAUCUCAACUUGAGGAGUCUUAUUGCUUUAGAUUUCUCUAGGGAAGGUCAGUGUGACUUCUACAUAUCAAGGGACGGCUUCUUACCGCACUCGGCAGUCAUGAUUUUCCAAAAGACGAGUCCGCUCACCCAGGCCUUCAACAGUAGACUGCGCUCACUAAUUGAACAGGGACUCAUAUCGUACUGGAUGGAGAACGUUCCGAAUUUUACAGAGUGUGAAAACGUUCCAAAGAAGAUGUUGGUGACCUCUCACAUCUCGCUGUCUAACAUCUGGGGGGUGUUUGCAGUGCUGGCCAUGAGUCUGGCCGGCGGACUGCUGGUUCUGUUCGCCGAGAUCAUUGCUGGACUAGCCAAAGAGCACUGACUCCUGAUACCUGGCUUGAACGGCGCCACGACGAGCACAGCACUGCAGCCAUAUCAAGAUCCACCGAUAGGCAAGAUGCAGCACCACGCGAGGCAAAGGUUCAGGAAAUGCCUGGUUGAUGUAGGGACAAUUAUUGUAUAAAAAUGUACAAAUAUUUAAUAAUCUGGUUCC